AUGAGUGGGGACUCUCUGCUCCCGUAUCACACGGCCCAGAGCAGCACCGGGGUGGGCCUGUUCAACACCACCACGGGGAAGCUGCAGCAGCAACUGCGCAAUGGCGAAUAUGACAUCUUCAAGUACGCACCGAUAUUCGAGAGCGACUUUAUCCAGAUCACGAAGAGGGGAGACCUGAUUGACGUGCACAACUGUGUCUGCAUGGUGACCGUGGGCAUCACAUCCAGCAGCCCCGUCCUCCCACUCCCAGACACCAUGCUGCUGGCCCGAUGGGUCACCGACUGUGAAGAGCACGCUGAGCACAGCCAGGCCGCCAAGGGCAAGAGCCACGAGCCUGCAAAGACCUUAGAGCUCACCAGGCUCCUUCCCUUGACGUUCGUGAGCAUCUCCACUCACAAUCGCGAGAAACAACAGCUGCGCGUGAAGUUUGCCACUGGCCGCUCCUGGUACCUGCAGCUGUGUGCCCCUCCGGACGCACAGGAAGACCUCUUCACCUCUUGGGAAGAGCUGAUUUACCUCCUGCGACCACCAGUGGAGAGUUACAGCCGCACCUAUGCCGUUCCAGCCUGGGACAUGAUCGGCCUGCCUGUGUUCGAGGAGGAGGAGGACGGCAGGAGCCCAGCAGUGGAGGAUUUCCAAGGAAAGUGGGAUCAGGACCAGGUGAGCAUCUGCAGCCUCCACACGUGCUCUGAGCUGUCCGGGGUCACGUCUGCCGCUUUUGCUGGCGGGGAGGGGAUCCAACUGGACUCCCACAAGCCCAACACCAUGCCCGAUGUGGCCACUGCAAAAGCAAAACCUACAGUGCUUGACAAAGCGUCAGCAUCGCGGGCAACGACAAAGGUGGAGACAGCAGGGGUGGCAGGAGGCACCGCAGCGGGUGCCGCGAACUAUUCAGGGUAUGCUUCCAGCAUGUCCACCAGUCUCUCCCCAGAGGCCGGCGUGACUGUGGUCGGAGCAGAACCUACAGGCAAGACUGCUGAAGGAAGAGCCAACGAGGAGGACGAGGGGACCCUCAUCUCAACCUUGCCACAGGAAGGCAAAGUGAGUGAACAGGAUGGCAGCUCACAGAGGGUGUCCCAGGCCCGCAAGGGAAGAAAGGAGAGAAGGGAGCACUGGGGAGAGGACAGAGCUCUUACGAGCCCCUCGCUCUGCAGUUCAGUGGAAAGCCACCACAAGGCAGCAGGGAACAAGACCAUCCAGAAAGCAGCUGGCCCGUGCUCAGGCGGCCGCAGAGCCACUAGAGAUGACCAAAAGGACAAAGGCCAUGGCAGCCCGGGGGGCAGCGAGCAGGGCACUGCUCACAAAGACAUCAGCCGUGCUCCCAUCACCAACGAGUCCAGGAUCUCGCACAAAUCGGGCAGGAGCUUAUCUACAGCGAGUUCAGGUCCCACCACCGAGAGACUCAGCAGGAUCAGCUCUUUCUUCAGGAACGUCAGAGCCAGUCUUACUACAAAGACAGUGGCCUCCUCACGCGAUAAAUAUGUGAGCAUCAUGGCGAAGCCAGUGGAAGGGACCCGAAUGGAGGCCAUCGUAGAGACAGCAGAGAGUGGCCAGGGGCUGGAGAUCACUGGAGGUGUGACAUCUGAGACCGUGUAG